AUGCCUUUCCUCGGCCCCGCCGGCCAAUCCAGCAUGCACGUCGAGGAGCCCACCGCACCGCAGAUCGAUACCGCAAGCGAGCCUCUGUCGUCGCGCAAUUUCGCCGCCCCAGCCAGCGCCCCUCAGGACCUCAAGCCCGACGACGACGCCCAAGCCCGCGCCCACCGCAUCCGCGUCAAGAACCGCCGCAAGCGCUACCUCGACACCCAUCCCGAGUACUUCUCGUCUGGGCUCGAGCUGGCCGACCCCCUGCUGUACGACCGCCUGGUGCGCCGCUUCCAGACCCCCGCCGAGCGAGAGGCCGAGGGCCGCGCGAAGGGCUACUCGGGCGUGCUCGAGGCCGAUCUGCUGCGCUCCGAAGCCAAGCUGCAGGCCCUGCACAACCCCGACGCCUCGUCCAUCGCCGUCCGCCGCGGGCCCAACGGCGAGAUCCUGGCCAUCGACGACGACAGCGACGACGAGAUCAAGACCAAGGAGGAGGGCCUCGCGCGAUGGCGCGACGACAUGGGCCAGCGUUUCCUGCGCGGCGACGACCCGGACUUCUGCUACGAGGAGGUCGACGAGAGCGAGGAGUGGGAUGACGUCCAGGAGGAGGAGCGCGACACCCAGGAGCAGUACUUCGACGAAGAGGAGCCCAGCUGGAUACACUCGGGCCCCGCCACCCCCAGAAUCACCGGCGAGACGGGCGUGCAGGACUUCUGA